AGAAUUAGAAAGAAAGUUUAGAUAUGUUUUAUAAUAAAUUAGAUAAUAUCUUAGACAAAUGUGUACCUAGGAGAAAGCUUAACCGAGAAAAUUCCCGGUACGUGUAUCCCGAAUGGUACUCAGGAGAGAUCAUAAAAUACAUUAAAAUUAAAGCUAACCUUCACAAAAAGUACAAAAAAUCAAAACGUGAUUGUGAUUACAGUGAAUACGCUGAGUGUAGAGCCCGGGUUAAAAAGUUAAUAGACAUAGCACAUACAGAACACAAAAAUAAAAUUCAAAACAGAUUUGUUAAAGAUCCAAAGUCAUUCUGGCAAUAUAUAGCAUCAAAAAAGUCUAGAAUUAAUCGGCAAAGUAUAAUAAAAGAUGGUCGUAAUCUUACGGAUGAGCAAUGUGUUGUGGAGUUCGCAGGUUUUUUUGAGUCGGUAUACAACCGGGAACCACCGAAACUAGACGCGCAGGUGGCGGAGACCAGAAGUCGAGCCGGCAGUGCACGUGUACAUAUUGGGGCCUUGAGUAUAAAGGACGUGCAGACAGCGUUGAUGAACCUUAAGCCAAAGCGUUCAUCUGGCCCUGACGGAAUACCAGCAUUCCUUUUCAGAGAUUGUGCUAGAGUUUUAGUGAGCCCGCUGCAUCACGUCUUCAAUAUCUGCUUACAGCAGUCGACAUUUCCGGAUCGGUGGAAGAUCACACGAGUCGUUCCAGUGCCCAAGGAUGACCUCAAGUUGCUGCUCGAGGUUGGGGAUCAGUCUGACUGUGAGCGACUCCAGGGUGACAUAGAUAGGGUGGUGAAGUGGAGCCAGGACAAUGGGUUGUGCUUCAAUGUAUCAAAAUGCUCGAUAAUAUCCUUUACUCGUGCGCGGAAUCCUAUCUGCUAUGAGUACAUGGCGGAGGCGACAGCAUUACAGCGAGUUACACAAGUACGUGAUCUAGGAGUACAUCUUACUCCAGAUCUUACGUUUCGCGAACAUAUCGUAAAGAUAUGUAAAAAGGCUUACAGGAACCUCGGCUUUGUGCUUCGGCAGUCGCAAGGGUUCACAAACAUCACAGCGAUUAGGGUGUUAUACGAUGCACUAGUCAGAAGUCAUUUAGAAUAUGGUGGGGUUGUAUGGGCCCCACACGAAGCGAAGUACUCUGACAUGCUGGAGCGCGUACAGAAUAAGUUCGCGCGCCACUUGUACUGGAGACUGUAUGGGGUAUACCCGUUAUACCCGUUGAUGUACCCCACACUUUUUGUACUGGGUAUGGUGUCAUACAAUGAGUUGGGCGUGCGGCGACAGUUCACACUGGUCGUCUACCUAAUUAAGUUACUCCACGGCAAGCAACACAACCCUGGAGUGCUGCAGCUCUUGAGCUUUAGUGUUCCGGACCGCUAUGUGUGGAGGCGCCGGCGUCCACCGCUGCUGGCCGUCCCGGCUGCCAAGACCAACCUACUGGCCAAAACGCCUCUGACGCGAGCAAUUCGUACGAUUAACCAAAUCCAGACUGUAAUAGAUGUAUUUGCGUGUCAGUUCAAUGAACUCGCAAAGAUUAUUUUAUAUAUACUGUGUUAUAGGUUAGAGUAGUAGAUAUAGUUUUAGUGUUAAGUUGCUUUUAUUAGUCUAGGUAUUGUUAAUUUGUUAUUGUUAGUUUUGUAAAUGUAAGUAAAUGUCCGUAUAAAGUGCCACACUAACGCAUUAGGUUAUAUAAUUUACCUGUAAUGUUAGCUGUAAGAGUUGAAAUAAAUAAAUAAAUAAAAUAAUAAUAAUAAAUAAUAUUC